AUGUUGUAUCAUUCAAGAUCGAGUUCAUUACAUUCAAUUGUAGAAAUGAUUCUUUCAUUAUUAUCACUAAUGAUCUAUGGAAUUAUGAUCAUUUAUAGUAAACCAUUAGAUAUUGAAUCAGAUACACCAUUAACUAUAAGUUUUAAUCCAUCGUCUAAUCAAGUACAAUUAAAUCAACCAUUAAUAAUACAAGUCAAUAAUAAUAAUAAUAAUAAUAAUAAUAAUAAUAAUAAUAAUAUACUUAAUGGUUAUAGUAUGUUCUUUCAAUGUCCUAUAGCCCCAUGGGGUAAAUUUUGUUUUCAUAAUUGUCAAUCUGCAUGUGUUGGUGAAAUACCUAAUCAAUGUCCAUAUGAUAAUGAAUUAAGUCUUAUUAAAUGUCGUAGUGCUAUGACUGAACAAGGUUAUUUAUUUUAUGAAUAUACAAUACCAUAUCUAACUGAAACAUGGUUAGGAUUAAACCAUAAUAAUAAUAAUAACACUUCAAUAACACUUCAUAUGAGUUCUGUAUGA